UACAGCCAACAUCGAGGAAUUCAUCAAGAGAUGAAGGCUCAAAGCCAAAAUUCGGAUAGAAUCAGCGCUCUCCCUCAAGAUACAACUGAAAAAAUUCUGACUCUUAUGCCAUUGCGACAUGCAAUUAGGACAAGCAUUUUGUCAAAGAAAUGGAGGUAUUGUUGGACCAGAAUUCCGAAACUUGUAUUUGAUGAUAACCUGGUUAAUUUAUCAUCUAGAUCUGGUAACAAAGAACUCGAUAAAUAUAAGCUUGUCAAUGCCGUCUUCCACAUUUUAUUGCUACACAGGGCUCCGAUAUCGGAACUCUGUAUUAAUAUUGCUAAUGUUGGAAUUGAUAAUGAGAUUGACAAGAUAAUAGUUCAUCUUUCAUGGAGCAAAAAUAUCAAGAAAUUCAUUUUGGAGAUUACUUCAAUCGGUGAAUAUUACAAGCUACCGUGUUCAUUCUUUUCAUUCCAAGGAUGGGAACACCUGGACCUCAGUUUUUGUAAAAUUGAGCUUCCAUUAAUGUUUAAUGGAUUUAAUAUGUUGAAGAGCCUGGUGUUUAAUGAGGUUAAGAUGACUGCCAAAGUGCUUAUUAAAUUUCUUACCAAUUGCCCACUACUUGAGGAAUUUACCUCGACUCCACAUGCUCAAACAUGCUUUACCGAGACUACAUUUGUUGAGCUGUUUAAAUGUUUACCUUCAAUUCAGGUUCUGGAAAUCUCGCGGUUGUGUAUCAAGCACUUAGCUGGAUCUAUACCACGUAAGCUCCCCAUUUCACUACCCCACUUGAGAAUAGUUGUUCUUAGUGUUUGUCUUCUUGGGCUUUCGGCUGUUCUGUGCGUGAUCAGCAGCUCUCCAAAUUUGGAGAAGAUUGAAUUGGAGAUAUGUGACCAUCAACGGAGGUGUAGUGCUCUUAUAACUUUCAAGAUUAUUCAAGCUUAUUCGGGCAUCAACUUGCAUCAUCUUAAAGAAAUGGAGAUAACAUGUUUCCGUGACCUUUUUACUUGGAUGGAGUUUGUGAAGCUCGUCAUGGCUAAGUCACCUGUGCUAAAGAAAGCAAGAGUAGAGCUCGAUACAUCUGUUUCUGUUGAUCCAGAAAAUAAGAUGCUUCGAGGUUUGCUAUUACUGCCGUUUCCACGUGCAUCGCCUGCAGCAAAAUUCAUUAUCGAACGUCCUUAAAAUUUACCUUUGGACGCAAAGUAAGUUAUGUUGUAUUGGUUAAAAUACAAGGAUUGUUAAAGUGUCUAUUUUAAAC